CACUUGCACAAAUUAAUGGCCAUGAGUUCGUUUUUGAUAAACUCCAACUACAUCGAGCCGAAAUUCCCACCCUGCGAGGAGUAUGCCCAAAACAACUACUUGCACAACCAGUCUCCUGAAUACUACGAGCGGCCGAGGGAACCCGGGUUCGAGGCUCCUCCUGAAGCUAUCUACCAAGGUCCGAGCAGCUAUCCUGAAGCCAACUAUGGAUACAGCCACCUCGCAGCAAACCACGAAGCUGGGGUUACCCAGGAGGGGAUCCCUGCUAAAGGACACAGUCAGUCUCAGCAACUUCUCCAAAGCCACGUCCUCAGGCAGCCACAACCACCACCACCACCCCAGCACUGUGAGCCUAUAGGAGUGUCCAAUGACAGCAUCCAUCCUGAGAAAAGUGCUGCUGGGCUCAAAUGCAGCAAGGAGCCAGUUGUCUAUCCCUGGAUGAAGAAAAUACAUGUCAACACAGUCAACCCAAAUUAUACUGGUGGGGAACCCAAAAGGUCUCGAACUGCCUACACUAGACAACAAGUAUUAGAGCUGGAGAAGGAGUUCCACUUUAAUCGUUACCUUACUAGACGCCGGAGGAUAGAGAUUGCCCAUACUUUAUGCUUAUCCGAACGUCAGGUCAAGAUCUGGUUCCAAAACAGAAGGAUGAAGUGGAAGAAAGACCACAAGUUGCCCAACACUAAGAUGCGCUCUGCAAACCCAUCAGCCACAAGCCAACAGUCCAAAGUACAGGGCCAUCAGCACACAGAUGGAUCUACCACCCCAUUAUUAUAAGGCU